UUUCUUAAAUAAUUUUAUCAGUUUUCGCAAGUUAACUUUUUAGUGUUUAGUGAAUUUUAUAUCCGGAUAUAUAUAUAUAUAUAUAUAUAUAUAUAUAUAUAUUGUAUACAUUAGUAUACAAAUAAAUGAAAAUAAGUUACUUGAAAACUAAUUGAUUGUUAACUAAUUAAUUAUAAAACAAUUAAAAAUGGCCAUGAAGUGCGUUUUAAUGAAUAGUUUUAUUAAAAAUCUUGCUCUAAAAAACCAUGACAAGUGUGCUGCCGCUAUCACGAGAUUCAUCUCAACCCAAAAAUCUGCAUCAUCCAAAUUGUUCUUCCUGCCCGCUUCCCCAUCUGCCAAACUCCUCCAACCAACAACAACAGCACUGACUGCAACUAGGUUCCAGAAAAUGGAUUCAAAAAACUUCUCAACUUCCGGUCCCCAGCCAUCCAAUCUUACUUUCAGACAGUUACUGGACUACGCUACCUUCACUUACACGUACAUCUUGGGUGACAAUGCCUCGAAGAAAGCAAUCAUCAUCGAUCCAGUACUGGAGAGAGUUGAGAGAGACGCAAAGUUGUUGAAAGAACUGCAAUUUGACUUAAUUUAUGCUCUAAACACGCACAUGCAUGCUGACCACAUAACUGGCAGUGGGGAGUUAGGUAGAAUCUUCCAGAACUGCAAAAGCGUCAUCUCGAAGCAUACGAGCGCACAGGCGCAAAAGUACAUAGACGAUGGUGACGUCAUCGAGUUUGGAAAGUUCAAGUUAGAGUGUCUUAGCACCCCUGGACAUACUGAUGGAUGUGUGUCAUACUUGCUUCGUGAUCAUGGCUUAGUCUUCACUGGAGAUGCCUUGUUUGUUAGGGGCUGUGGCAGGACUGACUUUCAACAAGGUAUCCCUCAGUUGCUGUACAAUUCAGUUCACAAGAAAUUGUUUUCUCUACCUGAUCAUUUCCUCAUUUAUCCUGGACAUGAUUAUAAUGGAAAUAUGUCUUCGACAGUCUGGGAGGAGAAAACGUACAACCCCCGAUUAACGAAACCGUUCGAAGAGUUCAAAAAAAUUAUGGACAAUCUCAACCUGCCAAAGCCUAAGCUGAUUGAUGUCGCGGUGCCGGGCAACAUGGUUGAUGGUUUGUUGGACAAGAAAUAAAAAAAAGAAAUGUGAGGAAAAAGAAGCGCUAUAUAAUUUUAAAAAAAUAAUAAUACAAAUGAUUAUUAUUAAUAUUAUUAUUAAUAUAUUUAUGUAUGACUAUAAUUAUAGAGAAAGAGGAGAGAGAGAAAGAGAGAGAAAGAGAAUAUGUACUUGUCUAAAAAACUUGAAGACUUCAAAUUUAAAAGAAUCUAUAAAUCUUGUUUCAAUGUAGCAUUCAUUCAUUCAUCCAUUCAUUUAUUCAUUCAUCCAUUCAUUCAUUUAUUUGUCAUGUAUGAUUAUGAUAGUAACAAUGAUGAUGGUGAUGACGAUCUUCAUAUUUUUUUUUUUAUUUUUGGUUCGGCGUUUGAUGAUUAAGCAAGUUUUUUAUUUGAGCGAGCUAAAUUUAAAUUAAAUUUCAAUUUUAAUUCCUUGCCUGAAUUUUUAAAUAAAUUUUUUUUUCAACAAUUCAUUAAGUCCGAAUCUAAAUACAUUACAUUGUUAAUGAAUGAAUAAAAGAGUGAAUGAAUAAACGAAUUAAUGUUGAAUUAAUUACUCUUUGUUGGUUGCAUUACUAAAACGAAAAUUAUUAUCUUUGUAGAAAUUUU